AUUACCAGUAUAAUAUUGUAAUCUUUGGUCAGUCAGUUCGAUUGAUCUUAUUGGGGAGGUGUGUGUUUUUGUACAUAAUAAUGUGAAGACAAAAUGCAAUAUUUUAAUUUCUUUAUCACAAAAUGGUGUUCUUAGUUUAUAUUUAAAGAUUAAGGUUUUUGUAUUUUAAACAGUGUUUACGUAGCUUAAUCAAUUCCUGACGACACUGUUAUAAAAGAAAAUAUUUUAUUCAAGUGGCUGCAAUAUUAAAUGCGUAACUCACUAUGCCUGUAUCGAAGUUUAUCAAUUCACCACAGAGAUUGUGGGAAAAUAUAUCCUCAACAUUUGUGCACUUCGUUGAAAAGAUAUUUUUCUCCCUCGGAUUUGCGAUUGCUCGUCGCCCUUGGACUACUAUCGUCGUAACAUGGAUUUUUUUACUUUUAAGCAGCGCCGGUAUAUUACGAUUUUAUAUAGAAAAAAAUCCUAUGAAGUUAUGGGUACCACCAGAUUCAGACUUCUACUACGAUACAAAGUGGUACAUAGACAAUUUUAACAUCGGAUUUAGAUUGCAAAGGAUUAUAGUUACAGCUGAUGACAUAUUGGAUCCAAAAGUUCUAAUGAUUUUAAAUAAUAUGACAAAGGAUGUAAAUUCUAUCAAAAUUAAUUAUAAUAAUACAUCUAUGCUAAUAGAGGAUCUAUGCUUCAAAGUUCCAGUUGUAAAUUUUAUGAACUUAAACCAAAAUAGACCUGGAAAACAAGCUAAUGAUAAUAACAAUAAAACAAUCAAAGGCAAUCCCAGUGAUAAUGAUUAUUCAGAUCCUACUUUUUGGAUUGAUGAUGAUUUUUAUUGUGGGUUCCUCAAUAGCUUUCAAAUGAGCUGUCUACAGAAUAAUAUUUUAGACUUGUGGCAUAGCAACCCUGCUACUAUAGCAAAUUUAACUAAACAUGAUAUAGUAUCCAAAAUAAACAAAGUUAAAAUCAAUCCAGUCACUGGACACCCAUUAGAUUAUAUUCAAUUAUUGGGUGGCAUCAAACGUGAUGAAAAUGGGGAUGUGGUAACGGCUAAUUCAAUAUUACUGACUUGGUACACUGAAGUUAAUAUGUCUUCAAUUGAUGUAAAUGAAGUUGGCAAUCUUGUUGGCACUGAAGACUGGGUUUCUGUUCCCCUCGCAAUGUGGGAGAAUAAAUUUUUAGAUCUUAUGCAAAUAUAUGCUCAAAAUAAUACAGGUAUUAAAGUAUUUUAUGAAGCUGGUAGAAGUUUUGCUGACAUAAGUAGUGAUAUGAUGUUCCAUGAUAUUGAUAAAUUAUUUAUAGGAAUAAUUCUUAUGUUUUUAUACAUACAAUUUGGGUUGUCAAGAUUUAACUGGUUAGAAAUAAGAUUAACUUUAGGUAGCGUUGGGCUAUUAUGUGUAGGUAUGGCUUAUGUGACUGCAGUUAGUUGGUGUUCUAUUAUCGGUAUUCCUUUUGGACCUGUGCAUUCGUCGCUGCCAUUUCUUCUCAUGGGUCUUGGUGUGGAUGACAUGUUUGUUAUGAAUGCAUGUUGGAGAAAUUUAUCACCAGAAGAAUCAAAGAAAAGUCUUCCGACUAGAGUCGGUCUCAUGUUACAACAUGCUGGAGUUUCCAUAGUCAUUACAUCCUUCACAGAUAUUGUCGCUCUUCUUAUAGGAGCUAUUACAAUUUUGCCAUCAUUAAAAUCAUUUUGCUUAUAUGCUGCUGUGGGUGUAUUUUUUAUUUUUUGCUAUUCUGUUACAUUUUAUGUAGCAGUUUUUACACUGGAUAUUAAGAGAAUAGAAGUCAAUCGCAAUGGAGUCAUAUUUUGUUACAAACAUUCAAAACCAAUACAAACAUCUAAGAAUGAAACUAUAUUUCAACAAAUGUUCUCAACUAUUUACAAAAAUGUUAUAUUCACCAUCCCAGGAAGAGUAAUUAUUAUUCUUAUUACCUUAGUAAUGACAGGAUUCAGUAUUCAAUCCAUUCUUCAUUUAGAACAAAAAUUUGACCCAAAAUGGUUUAUACCUGAUGAUACUUAUUAUAAAAAAUUUUUGGACAACCAUGAAUAUUAUUAUCCGGAACAGGGGCACCCUGCAAUGGUGUUUUUAGGGAAAAUGAAUUAUCAUAAUGAAUUUCUGAGAAUAUAUAAUAUGACAAAAGAACUUCGUAAUCAAACAUAUAUUUCCGAUGUUACUGACUGGGUGGAACCAUUCUUUAAUUAUGUUUCAAACAACUACAAACGAGAUCUGAGUAAUAUUUCGAUAGUUUCAGAUGAAGAAUUUGGUACUUAUUUGUCGAGGUUUCUAUUCAGCCCUAUAGGUGGUAGGUUUCAGAUCAAUUUUAAAUUCUCAUCACCUAUUCGGUGUGGACUUCCUGCUUCGAAUAUAACAGCGACGUUAAUCCCGUUUAAAUUUAAUCGGUUUCAAGGUCCAGAAGAACAUAUUCCAGCCAUGAAUCAGGUUAAGAGUUUGGUAAAAUCUACUUCAUUUGAAACCGACGAUGGCUAUCGAAGUGUAUGGUCAAAAGCAUUUGCGAAUUGGGUUACUGACGAGAUAAUAGGAGUUGAAGUUGAAAGGAAUAUAGAGUUAGCGUUAUUGUGUGUAAUGAUUUGUACUGUUGUAUUGAUAACGAAUUUACAAAUGUGUUUGUGGAUAUUUAUCUGUGUACUUCUUACUAUUGUGAACGUACUAGGAUGGAUGCAAAGGUGGGGUAUGACAGUUGACAUAGUUUGUUGUAUUGGACUGGAGUUAGCUAUUGGUUUAUGCGUCGAUUACGCUGCUCAUAUUGGCCAUACAUUUUUAAUCACACCUGGUGAAUAUCGUACGGAGAGAGCGUUUAAAACUGUGACAUCUAUUGGUGGCGCAGUAUUGCUUGGUGGCGGUUCAACUUUGCUAUCAUUAUCUCUUCUUAGUAUGUCGAAAGCGUACACAUUCAAAUCGUUUUUCAAAAUUUUCCUUCUAGUCAUAAUUUUCGGUCUGUUUAACGGGUUAAUUUUCUUACCAGUGAUGUUAUCAAUAGUUGGUCCACGAGCAUACACUAAAAAGGAAACAGAUGAAAAACCACCAGAAGAGGUGGAACUUAAUAGUAAACAUCAAAUGAUAAUUCUUGAAAAAGAAACUACAAUCUAUGCUGAAUUGUCUGUGACAGGUUCUUAAAUAUUUCUCGUACUAUUAUAGAGAAUAAGUUUUAACGGUACUUGGCCGCGUAAUUUUUUGUGUCAGCAAAAAAAUUUCACGAUUAGAAGCAAGUUAUCGUUUAUUCCAUAUUUUCCUUAGUUCAUGUAAUUAAUCAAGCUUGUUUAUCGACUUAUAUUGUUUAUCGCUUUGGUGACAAUGUUAAAAUACUUAAUAUCCUUAAAGAAUAAAAAUGUUCAAUUUUAUGAAGAUGUAAGUUGUAGAGCUAUUAUGAUGAUUGUAACUAGUAUUAAGAUAUUAUUUUGUAAAUAAGUUUUUUAAGUAAUCUCAUGAAUAGUUUUGACAAAAGAAAAGCCCCCCUUACUCUCGAACGCAAUCUCGAACCAUCGACGUUGCAAUAGUUCCGUUUCGUACUCUUGUUUGGGUACACUA